AAAGGGGGCUGUGUUGUUCUUAAUCUGCAUGUAGUGGGCGCGGUCAAGUAGCGCUGCCUAUAUAAAUGCGGCGCCGGUGACACCUCCGCCUCCCGCCUACUCCUGCUCGCUGAAUCUGCAAGCGGGAUACGAAGGUUAGGGGUCUAGGGGAGUGAGAGUUAAAGCUCUCAGAGCUGUCCUCUUCGGCGAUCCUGGUGCUCGUAGGUCCCAGCAAAAUCCCCGCUGCCGCGACAGCGCCUGAGGCUCCCAGGCAUCCCCCGUCCUGCAUCUCCAGACUUGCUCUGAGCGCACCAUGAAAGCCAUCAGCCCGGUGCGGUCCGUCCGGAGCUGCUACGAGGCCGUUUGCUGCCUCUCGGAGCAGAGUUUAGCCAUCGCCCGGGGCAGCCACAACAAGAGCCCGGCCUUGGAGGAGCCCAUGAACUUGCUCUACGAUAUGAACGACUGCUAUUCCAAAUUGCGGGAGCUGGUGCCGGGCAUCCCUCAAGGCACCAAGGUGAGCCAGGUGGAGAUCCUGCAGCACGUCAUAGACUACAUCUUCGACCUCCAGAUCGUGCUGGAGGAGGGGUCCAAGGGCCGCGACCCCUCCUCCGAGACCACCCUACUCUCCUUUAAGGCGGCUGAACUCGCCUCAGAACUCCGCACCAAAGACGAGAGAACUUUGUGUCACUAACGCCACCUCCACCAGCAAACAGGCAGCGAGUGUCGGUUCCUGGUUCGUUAUCAGCCGGAGGUAAAUAGCAGCUUCCUCUGUGGCGCCGAGCUGUCUGCGACCUACCGGCCCCGGCAUCGCCUCCCCCGGGCCCGGGUACUGCGAGUGGGGAGCGGCUGGUUCUGACCCCCCCCAGCCUUCCUUCGCCAGCAUUCCACCUACGGAGCUCAGCGUCCCAGCUUUGGACCGGAACUCACAUGAGAUAUUUUUAAUGAUAGACUGAUGAUGAAGAGGAGGUUGUCUGUAUAUUUUUGGAUUAUAGCAACGAGUCCUUUUUUUAAAAAGGUGUUUGAUGGGAUGGUGGGGUGGGGAUUAGGGGAUUUUGGGGAGGGGGUACAAACAUCCUCGAGUAUGAACCAAACUCUGGGGCUAUGGCCUCAUGUAUUGUGUGGAGCUCUAUACUAGAGUAUAACUUUUUGUACCUUUUGUGCAGGAAGGUGAAUUUCUGCAAACGUGCCCUGUACUUGCUUUAUAAACUUUUUAUAAAAGUUACCAUUUUUACAUAAUAAAAAUCAGAUCAUUUUCA